UGCGCUCUGUGUGCGCGUGGCCAUCACUUUCACUGACUGUUAACAACGCGACCUGCGCGCGUGCACUACUACGCUGCAAAGAGGAGGGAGCGAAACGCUGAAUAUUCUCUUGCAUACUAAACGGAGAAAGGUGUAUUUAGGAGCCAGGCUUUAGAGAGGAUAACCCCCCUACUCCCCCCAAAAAACUACAAAAACAGCAACAACAAAUUCUCGAUUCAGUUACUGCAUUAAACGGACCAACAUCGCGAGCCACAGUGAAGCAGGUGCACAGCUUGCACGCUUUAUUUGACGGAGCCACAAAGUCAUGCGCGCUUAUUACUGAAACACAACAACCGGGGAAAGUGAUCUGAAAUUGGCUUAGAGCACAUUACAUGCGCAUAUCGCUCAUUAUUAAUUACGCUCAAGCGUCGCACGUUCAAACGAGGAAUAAACAACAAUGUCGAGAAAAAAAGCGACCAAAGGAAAAUGCAGUUCAUUUACACCGAACUCCUCUUGCAGCGAGAAAGGAAAGAAAGUCCUGACCCAGUUCAACGGUGUGGUCCAUCCCAGCCGACCCUCUCUCAGCAACAGCGGGGAAUUCUACGACAUCGCCUUCAAGGUAAUGCUGGUUGGUGACUCUGGGGUGGGGAAAACCUGUCUGCUGGUUCGUUUUAAAGAUGGAGCAUUUCUGGCUGGAAGUUUCAUCUCAACAGUCGGUAUAGACUUCAGGAAUAAGGUGUUGAAUAUUGAUGGCGUGAGGGUAAAACUACAGAUUUGGGACACAGCAGGACAGGAGCGAUUCAGGAGCGUGACGCAUGCAUACUACCGUGAUGCCCAUGCCCUUUUGCUGCUCUACGAUGUGACAAAUAAAUCUUCUUUCGACAACAUGCAGGCCUGGCUCACAGAGAUACAUGAGUUUGCUCAGCAGAAUGUAGUCAUCAUGCUCCUGGGUAACAAGGCUGAUGCAACACAUGAAAGGGUUGUGAAGAGAGAGGAGGGGGAAAAACUGGCCAUGGAGUUUGGAGUUCCCUUUAUGGAAACCAGCGCUAAAUCUGGUCUGAAUGUGGAGUUGGCCUUCACUGCUGUAGCCAAGGAACUGAAGCACAGGGAGAUGAAGGAACCUAACGAGCCAAAGUUUCAGCUGCAUGAGUAUGUUAACAAGGAGAUGAAGGGAGCUGGAUGCUGUCACUCCUAAACCCGUGUGCUUGUGUGUGCAUCUAUCUGUUAGUGUGUUUUUCCACUUUCAUCCUCUUCUCUCACAUAAAUUGGAUAUCUGUCAUAAACCCUAUGGCUCUGGAGACUUUCAUUUUCAAAUGCUCUGUUCUUUCUUUAGACCUCCCUGCGCCGCACAGCUUGCAAACAAUACUAAACAGCACAAAGCAAACAGAAUGUAAAAAGAAGCACUCAUCAGAAUGUAAUUGGCACACGAUCAUAUUAUAAAUAUUUACUCCCCAGACAGUCAGUAAAUACAGAUGUGCGCUUUGAAUGAAUGAUGUUUCAUCACACUCUUGCAUUGUUCUCCUGACCCACCUCUCCGAGCAGCUGUGAAUGUAUCUUUAAUACUCAUGACUCAGUCUUGAAUUAAUUCUUCUACUGGGGAACUUUUGUGUCCCAUAGGUUGAUUUGGAUUUAUUUAUUUAUUUUUAGACUAUAAGGUUUUGUCUCUUUAAUUACUUUUUACUAAGUUGGCAAGUUAAAUUAGCCAAAUUUGUUCUAUCUACCCUGACUUUUUGUUCUUUUUACAGUAAAUGUUAAAAAAAAAUUUAAAUCAGGGAAAUGCUGCUUGCAUUUUUCCCCUGAGAACUUGGGAAAAAAUUUGGAUUUCUGUGUUUAAUUAUAUUUGUUUUGUAACAGAUUCACUGUCCCCAAUAUUGGAGUGCUGUCAUUCACCAUUACAUUUUAGACAACAGUUGAGUUUUGAGUUCCUAAAAAAGCAUGCAUUUGGACAUCAUUAAAAUGAGAAUUGACAGGGGAGCACAGCUCUGCCAAUGUGAUGGUUUGAAGAUCAGAAAUGUCAUUCAUUUUAAGAUCUUUACACCGUGAUCUGAUCUGAGAGAAUAUUUAUUUGGUGUCAUUAUUGAAGCAAUCCUACACGUCAUUACCGUACCACACAUUACACCAAAAUCCACAUGAAAGAUCUUUAUUCCAGCACAUUUGAUACAUGUAAUAAUAUAGAUAAAACCUAGUCUGGAGAAGUUUAAUUUUUCACAGUUUCAAGUAGUCAAAAGUGCCCCUAUUUGAAGAAUCACUCCAAUGUACUGAAGAUCAGAAUACCCUUUUUGUUUCUUUUUGUCGCACGCACAUGCACACUCUCUUUCCCAGAUACACAUGUUCCAGAAUAACAUCCUCUCUCCUCGUAUUUUUUUCAAUUUUAAGCCAUAUUUUAUUUUUUCAUACCUUUUCAUAAAAUGAUAAAGCAUUUGAAAGAUGAAUGUAUGUACUUUGUAUAUAUAAAAAAUAUUAAUAUGGCAUUUAGGCUGCAUUAUGUAUAAUUGAUGUUUUCUUAAAUGCCUUUAAAUUUAGUAAUGUAAACGGUACGCUAAAAUUAUAGACAGCUUUAUCUAGAAAUUAGUUGCAUUAUAUAAUGUUCAAAAUGUGUCAGAAUUGAUCAAAAUGAUGUUAUGUCAAGAUACUGUGUGUACUGUGGAUUGUUAAAUGUGUGAUGUUGUACAGAUAUUCAUAACUACAUUUCCAGCAUUAUGCCUUUUGCACUUUUGUUCUUGUUGUUUUUCCAUUGUUGGUGUUGUUCUUUAUUUUCGUGUUAUCUAAAGCAGAUCUAAUGAAAGAUCAAGAUAUAGUUUAAAAUUAAUAAUUUUGUGAUCAGAAAUUUUUUACUGACGUGCUAUUUUUAGCUGCCUAGACAAUUUUGACAAUAAGCCUAAUGUAUAUAAAUCGACACCUAUGAAUAAAUUACAUGAAUUGAUGGUUGGUAUAGGUGUAUCUUGGUAUAGGUCAAUUCAGAGUGAUGACUUAAGUGAAUGUCAACCUCAUUCAUGUUGUUUUUAUGUAAUGUGUAUUGUAUUCCCAACAAUAAACUGGACAGUGAAGUCAA